GCCGUUGGGGCGGGGCCUGGCGGAGCGCGGGCCAUGGAGCGGGGACUCGGCCUGGAGCAGCGAGCGGAGCGACUGGUGCGGAGGAGCCAGGUCCUGCUCAGGCCCCGCCCCCGUGGGCCAGAGGGGGCGGAACCUCCGCUCAGCUCCGCCCCCGCAGGCCCCGCCCCCGUAGGCCCCGUCCCCGAUGACCCCCUCAUCCAGUGGCGUCUGAGGCGGCGCCGUGGGGAGGAGCCUGCGCUGGACACGUGCCCGGUGGGCGGGGCGACGCACUGGGAGUCACGUGAGCCCUCCGAGACCCCAAUCAGGAGCCGCUUCUGCACCUCCCGCCGCCAGGGGGCGACCUCGUCCCGGCCCGAUUCCCAGGAGUCCUUGCAGUGGAAACCAUGCCUGCGGUCACGUGAUGCCACUGGGGCCCUAUGGGGGGCGCCAUGUUGGGUGUCACGUGAUCGUCAGGACGCUCUGCGGCCAAUCAGGAGUGGCGUCCAGGAUGCCCAGCAGGGGGCACCCUCACGGCAGGCGCUGGUUUGUCCCCAGGACCCUGUCCUACGGCUGCUGCGGUGCCACCGCCGGGCCCUACGGGAACAGCUCUGGGCUGUUGAGACCCUCCUGGAGCCCACCAGGUUCCCCCCCCAAUCUGGGGGGGGCCAAUAAAGCAAUGAAACCCCAAA